AUGGUGGUCAACGGGUACAUACCUCGUCGCUCGUUUGGUCCACAGUGUAGCGCAGAAGAAGAGCUCCUCUCCGUCGUCUCCACCCCCGCCGCUUCCAGGUACCUGUUGCAGAUCGAGGCGAGGGUCUUCGCCCUCGGCCUGCACCAGCACCACCUCAUCGCCGCUAGGCUCCUCGCUCUCUGCUGCCGGCGCCGCUCCUCUCCUCCCUCCGCCGACUUGAACCACGCGCGCCUCCUCUUCCGGCAAGUAUCCCUCCCGAGCAUCUGCGUAUGGAACGCCUUCCUCCGGGUUCUUUCCGGCGGCGGCGCCCUACCGGAGGAAACCCUAGCAGCGUUCGUCCUGAUGAAGAGGGCCUGGAUCAAGCCCGACCGCUUCACCUUCCCCUCGCUACUCAAGGCCUGCGGUGCUCUCCCUGGCUGGCCCCUCGCCGGCGGCGCUGUACACGGCGAGAUCCUCCGAACGGGGGUCAAAGGCGACCUGCACGUCCACAGCUCCCUCAUCGACAUGUAUUCCAAGAACGGAAGCCUGGAGAGUGCAGUCAAGUUGUUCGACGGAAGGUCGGAUAGGGACGUGGUCACCUGGAACAGCAUGGUGGCCUGCUUCUUCCGCAGACAGGAGGUGGCGAAGGGGAGGGAGCUCUUCGAGAAGAUGCCGGAGAGGAACGCGGUGAGCUGGAACACGGUGAUCACUGGUUAUGCCCAGAAUGGCCGUGCUCUUGAGGCGCUGGAACUCUUCAGGAGGAUGCAGCUCCAAGGGUGGCGUCCCAGCGAGGCAACUCUCGUUGGCGUCCUCUCCGCUUGUGCUCAGGCGGGGGCCCUUGACGUUGGGAAGUGGAUCCACCACUACAUAGAUAUAAGCUCCAUUGGUAUGGAUCUCAAGCUGUCGAAUUCCCUGAUAGACAUGUACGCCAAAGGGGGGAGUCUGGGGAAUGCUCGGAAGUUGUUUGAUGCAAUGAGAGAUAGGAGCGUCGUCUCCUGGAACUGCAUGAUUGGUGGGCUGGCCCUGCACGGCCAUGGCGAGGAAGCAAUCCGCCUAUUCGGCGAGAUGGAGCGAGGAGGAGUGUGUCCCGACGAGAUAACCUUUGUUGGCCUUCUCUCUGCUUGUGCUCAUGCUGGGCUGGCGGAGGAAGGGCGAUCGUAUUUCAAUAUAAUGGAGAAGGAGCAUGGAAUUGUGCCUAAGGUAAUUUCGAUGCUCUCUCCCGUCGCCAUCGGCAUCGAUCUGGUUCUCGUUCAAGCCGCUGCUGAGGAUGCCACCGUUUGAAUUCUUAGGUCGAGCAUUAUGGCUGCAUGAUCGACAUCCUUGGCCGCGGGGGAUACCUAGCAGAGGCUCGAGGACUAAUCAAGAUGAUGCCCGUCGCCCCCGAUGCCGGCGUCUGGGGUGCUCUCCUCAGCGCCUGUCGCAGACACGGUCGAUUAGAUCUCGCCGAGGAUGCUCUAGUUCAUCUUCUCGAACUGGAGCCAUGGAAUGCUGGGAACCACGUGCUCCUCUCCAACAUGUUGGCAGCCAGAGGCUGUUGGAGCGAGGUCGAACGUGUCAGGCUUAGGAUGAAAGCAAGCUACAUUGGGAAGACUCCCGGUUCGAGCUCGAUCGAGAUCGACAGAUCGGUUUGGGAAUUUGUUGCCGGAGACCGGUCUCAUCCGCGAUCGGAGGAGAUCUAUGCCACAUCGAAGGAGCUCGGCGUGUUGCUGAAGCUCGCGGCUCAUGCGCCGGAGAGGGAAUCCGUCCUCCACCACGUCUGCAUGGAGGACGACGAGCAUCUACUGGAUCGAGGCCAAACUCACUACGGUUACGACUAA